AGAAGACCUCGUUCGGGUCACUUCCCUGGAAAUGUGUGUGGACACUCAGGAGAGCACUCUGGGCAACUUUGGUGCCUACUUGCCCAAGCUGGUGCAGCUGAAAAUGAACAACAGUAUGAUAAUGUCAGUGAGGGACCUGGGAACCACGCUGUCCCAUCUGCAGGUGCUGUGGAUGUCUCGCUGCAACCUAGCAGACCUGGAUGGGAUUCCCUCCUUCUCCUCUCUCAAGGAGCUGUAUGUGGCCUACAACAGUGUGUCGGACCUGAGUCAGGUGAGCAUGCUGGAGAAUCUACAGCUGUUGGACCUGGAAGGGAAUGAUGUGAAUGACCUGGUGCAGGUGCAGUACCUGGGCCUCUGCUCCCAGCUCCGCACACUUACCCUGGAGGGAAACCCCGUCUGUAUGUGCCCCCACCCCAAAGGCACACACAGGCACCAGCAGCAGCAGCAGCAUAGUGCUCUUACUGGUCUCUAUCUCUCCUCUUUCUUCUCUGAGCUGUCUCUCAGUGCUUAUAAAUGA